CUUUUCAAUAUUGAAGUAUUUCUUUCUGACACAUAAAAAUUUAAAGUGCAAGUGACAUGCCCAUUAUAAUUGAUGGCUCUAAAGUUUUCAACUUGAUCGAUCUGAAUGACGCAUACAAAAAAAGUGAUAGCAUAAAGGUCUCAAAUGAAUAUUUAAAAUCACAAAAAGUUGACAUUGUCGGUGAGACCAGGUAUGUGUUAUACGUGGCUCAAAAAGAAUUUGCUGUCGUAGCGCCUGGGCCAGAUGCGCCUGAACUGGUUGGCACAGAUGAAUCAACGACGUGUCAUAUCCUCAUUCUUGUUCAUUCCGGUAGUGGGGUUUGUUGCUUGGCGCACCUAGACGGGUCUUACACGAGAGAGGGGAUAAACAGGUUGCUGACAAAGUUCAAGCAGUCGUCUCUAGUCGGGCCCGAGGGAAGAUUUGAAUUACAUAUUGUCGGCGGAUUUCAUGAGCAGAGAAAUUUUUCAAAGAAACUCAGUUUAGAAGUCAUCAGUUGUUUGCUAGCGAGGGAAGAGGAGUUACACUUGAUGACUUACUGCGUUUGUGAUGAGAACGAUGAAGUUCGGGAUGGCAUACAUUUCCCCAUCAUAACUGGCUUAGCUUACAACACGAGAACGCGUGCGAUCUUUCCUGCUGAGUUCACGUACAAAGGACCAGACAAUGAUAUCAGAUCUGCUUCUGGUUUCGCUCUCAAGCAAAAGAUGCUGGACAUAUACGUGAACAAGUGUUUAGUCGUUGGCCCAUUCGAUUGGUCAGUCAUAUGUAAUGUUAACGUUGAUGAACUUGACGAAGCUUCUAUCAGACAGAAUUUUUCUACAUCUCCUGAACAAGAAUCCAAAUAUUUCGUCGAGCACAUAAGGUCGACGUUUAGAAUUCUAAUGGACCAUCCACAGUCCUUGAACUCUCUCUUCAAAAAUGGACAGGCUAGAAAGUACAAGUGGAAUGCUUCAAAAUUAAUUUGGGACAGAUCUAAUUAGUAUUCAAUUGUUAAAUUAAUUAGAUAAAUUAAUAAUAUUAAGUUAAUUAAACAGACAAUUUUUUGUAUAUGCAUAUAUAUAUAUAUAUUUUUUCUUUUUUUUAAUCAUAGGAACGUGAAUUUGUUAAGUGCGUAUGUACUCAACUUUUUAUGUCUUGUUCAUUUUUGUAUUUGUUUAUUAAUAUGUUUUUUAAAUUAGGUAAUUUACAUGAAAUAUUUUCGUGCAGUAGUUUGGUGUUAUAAUUAUGUAAUUAUAAUAUCUAUGUUGUAUAUACAACUUGGCAAUCGGUAUUUCAUGAACGUUUGUUAAAAUUUAAUUAAGACACGGUAAGUUCAAACGUAACGUUGCCACAUACAAAUUUUCAUCAGUUAAAUGUUUGUAGUUGCAUUCACAUCUGAUUAAAUAAACAUUGAAUGAAUAAAUUGAAUACUGAAACGAUUACU